CUCUUCCUCUCUCACUUUCUCCUUCAUUUCUCUACCUCCCUUACUCUUUGAGCCUCAUACUGUCACUGUAAAACUUUCAGAGAGGAACUCAAGUUUAAAUUUCACCAGAAAAAAGAAAAUGCUUGAAAAGACGCCCCCAUGGAGCAUCUUAAAACGUGCGUAGGAGCUGCCUGAUGGUUCUGCGAUUAGUUUGACUUCACAUCCUGCAGACCACAACAGCCUGAUUGAUGGGAGUAGAUUUUGGUGCAGAAUGUCAGAUGCCCCGCCAUUUUACCCCAGCAGUGGCAAGUCUCAAACAUCAACCCCUCAGGCCAGCCUUCACACCUGUGAGCCCUGUGGGACCUCCUGCCAGCAGAUGGCAGAAUCACAGAGUAAAGAGGGCAGGGACAUCUGCUUCACCCAGCAAGGGAGCAACACCUUCAGCUUGAGGACUGCAGCUGUGAACAGGAGGCACAGCACUGAUGGGACCAUCUGUUCAGGGUCAGGAUCAGCACCAGGACGAGGCCCCAUUGAUUCUGACCGUUUCCAUCCGUACCGUCGACAGUUCAGCGAUGGAGCAGUGAUGGCUGUAGGUUGUCUCCAACAGUGCUCGUCUUCCUUCAGCUGUCUGCAGGAGGUGUGCGGCCCUGACACUCAUUCACACAGCUCAAGCGACGAGGCACCAACAUGGGACCAGUACAAUGGCAGCGUUCAGGUUUCUAGACUUAUGAGUUUGCACCCAGAACUGCCUGUACCAGCAGAGCCCUCCUGCUUCCUGACUCAAAGCUAUCCAUCCUACAGCUCAUCGAUCCCUCUACAACAGGUCUCUCCUAGACUGUACCCUAAUAAUGACCAGUCCAACAGCUCAAAAUAUUCUCUCUCCACUCAAUCACACCAGGAGUGCACCACCCAGCCCCUCUUCCCCAAGCCCAUUUACUCAUACAGCAUCUUGAUCUUCAUGGCUCUGAAGAACAGUAAAACAGGAAGGUUGCCAGUCAGUGAGAUCUACAGCUUCAUGACUGAACACUUCCCCUAUUUCAAGACAGCUCCUGAUGGAUGGAAGAACUCUGUGCGCCACAAUCUCUCCCUGAACAAGUGCUUUGUGAAGGUGGAGAACAAAAAUGGGAACUCGUCCCGUAAAGGCUGCCUGUGGGCUCUCAAUCCAGCCAAGGUGGAGAAAAUGCAGGAGGAGCUGCACAAGUGGCGUCGCAAGGACCCCGUCACUGUUCGCAGGAGCAUGGCGAGGCCAGAAGACCUUGAUCGUUUACUGGGAGAGAGACCGGACAAGCUCAGGUCUUUGCCACCUUACACCAACCCAGUUUUGUUAUCCAGAGUGGCCUCUGUCUACGGCACCACCUCAUCAUCUUGCACCCCAGCCCAGCUUCAGACACCCUGCCUAUCCAUUCAGCGUCCACAGUAUGCAAAUAUUCAACCUCAGCAGCCCUGCUACCGUCCCCCCACUGCUGCUGCUCACCCCAGCAACUCAUUUGCCCUGAACUCACCCAUGGCUGGUAAGAUGCCACCUGUUUACAAUGCCGCCCUGCAGGCUGAGAUCAGUAUUGGCCCCAGGAUGAUGCAGGAUUUUCUGUUGGAGGGAGAUGCCAGUUAUGACGUCGACACGCUCAACCCCAGUCUGACUGACCUGCAGCUGCAAGGUAACUUGUGGGAGGAGUUAAGGGAGGACAGCCUGGUAUCUGAUCCACAAGUCACCACCACAACCCCGUUCACUACCUGUGCCCUGCAGGACCACCACGUCCAGACCAGCUGCCUGCAGGUCUCGUCUCCCGUCAUUCAAACGCCAGAGGUGACUGCUGUCGGUCGACGAAAAGCAGAGUAUGAGGACGAAAACACAGGCAGUGGACGAAACUUAGAGCAGCAUGGCUGUUUGAAUGGACUGCAUCCUGUGGUUUAUUCAGGGGUGGAGAGUCUGGCUGGGUAUCUGACCUCCUGUACCACAUCCAUUUCCUUAAUGUAAAGACCUGACUGUUCAGGCUGUUUCACACUCUCUGACCAUUCAUGUGCUAUAUUAACCUAAAUGGGGAACAUUGUUUCAGGCAGCUUCAUGCCACAGUAUUAGCUUGGUGGUUAUUUAACCCAUCAAAUCCUCUGUUUACCACUGUGUGACAGACUCUGGAGCGACUAGUUAUAAAGAUAUGUCUGCAUUCACUGUCACCAACAAGUAAAAAAUAAGAGCUCUUGUUGUAUCUUUUUUGUCUGUUUCAAUACACAUUUCUUUCCCCCAAUUUUUUAUUUGUAAGAGCUUCUGCUAUAUGGCGAAUUAGCAAAUGAUAGUAAACAGGAAACAGUGUCUCAGUUAGUAAAUACGGAAACACUUGAUAAAUUAAAACUGGAAUUAAAUUCCUUAUUGAAAA